AGCAUGUUAUUAUUAAUACAUAAUUAGAGAAGAAAGCACGGCUUAAAAUGUUGGGAGAAAAAAUUGCAAUGAUGAAAUUCAUUAAUUUGGUCAAAGCAAGAAAAUGCUUGUACCAAAAGUCGUACAGAAGGAAGGACUUGGAGGAAAAGGCUUGGAAAGACAUUGCACAAGUUAUGGGAUGGUCGGUAUCCUUCUGCAUUGACAAGUGGCGAAAUCUUAGAAAUGGAUUGGUUCGAAACUUAAGGCGUAAAGAAGAAAGGAAACUAUUCAGAGCAAAACGCCCCAAAAGUUUACGGGCUGAUAGAAUUGUAGGUUUUAUGAAAAAACCUGCAGACACACCAAAAACAAACUGUAAGCAACUACUUUUGAGUUACCUGCCGAAAGUGGAGAGGCUCUCAGAGGCGAAUAUUCAAAAACUAAAAGAAUUCAUGGAUCUGAUUGUGGACCAAAUAAUUAAUUAGAGAGCAGGACUCUAAAAAAUAAAAAAAAAAACCAUAUUUUUUCAUUGUAUUAUUUUAACAAAGCAGUACAAUUACAAAAUAUAUAUUUGUAUAGAUAAACUACAAAAAAACUUA